AGGGGUGGGGCGGCCCGGCCCCCAGCACUUCCUAGUCACCGGCCCUGUCCCCUUUCCCCGACCCGGGGUUCUGUGCAGUGCUGGGGGGCCAGAGACUGGCCCAGGCCUCUACCGCGUCCCUGGACUCGGGCUGGACGCGGAGAGCGGGGUGCUGUCUCCCCGGGUCCCCACCCUCAGCCAGGCGGGCACCACGGCAGGGGCUGAGCCACCAUCAUGGAAGGGAGAGGACCAUACCGGAUCUACGACCCUGGGGGCGGCGUACCUCUGGGUGAGGUGUCCGCAGCUUUUGAGCGCCUAGUGGAGGAGAAUUCCAGACUGAAGGAAAAAAUGCAAGGGAUAAAGAUGUUAGGGGAGCUUUUGGAAGAGUCCCAGAUGGAAGCGUCCAGGCUGCGGCAGAAGGCAGAGGAGCUGGUCAAGGACAGUGAGCUGCUCCCACCACCGUCUCCCUCUUUGGCCUCCUUCGACCACCUGGCUGAGCUCACAGGAAAGGAUGCAGAUGUUCCAGCAACCCCCGCUGACCCUGCACACCCCAGCGACAAGCCAGAGCCAGUCCCCAAACCUCCAGCAAGUAGCACCUCCUCUGAAUUUGAAGUGGUCCCUGCCGAGGGGCAUUCUUCACCAGAGAGCGGUGGCCACACCAGAAAUACCAUGGAGCUGGGCCCCCUGCCCCACGAGGACGGCAACCUGAUGCUGCACCUGCAGCGCCUGGAGACCACCCUGAGCGUGUGCGCCGAGGAGCCUGACCACAGCCAGCUCUUCACGCACCUGGGCCGCAUGGCCCUCGAGUUCAACCGGCUGGCUUCCAAGGUGCACAAGAAUGAGCAGCGCACCUCCAUCCUGCAGACCCUGUGUGAGCAGCUUCGGAAGGAGAAUGAGGCCCUUAAGGCCAAGCUGGACAAGGGCCUAGAACAGCGGGAUCAGGCUGCUGAGAGGCUCCGGGAGGAAAACCUGGAGCUCAGGAAGUUGUUGAUGAGCAGCGGCAAAGAUGGUGCCUCCAGAUGGCCAGGCUCACCAAAGACGGAAGGCACGGGCAAGAAGGGGGCAGCCGCACAGCAGCAGGCUGGUGUGACAGCAGGUAAAGUCCCAGAGGUGGGAGCCUUGGGUGCUGCUGAGAAGAAGGUGAGGAUGCUGGAGCAGCAGCGCACGGAGCUGCUGGAAGUGAACAAGCAAUGGGACCAGCAUUUCCGGUCCAUGAAGCAGCAGUAUGAGCAGAAGAUCACUGAGCUGCGCCAGAAGCUGGCGGACCUGCAGAAGCAGGUGACUGACCUGGAGGCCGAGCGGGAGCAGAAGCAGCGCGACUUUGACCGCAAGCUCCUCCUGGCCAAGUCCAAGAUAGAAAUGGAGGAGACCGACAAGGAGCAGCUGACAGCAGAGGCCAAGGAGCUGCGCCAGAAGGUCAAAUACCUACAGGAUCAGCUGAGCCCGCUCACCCGGCAGCGGGAGUACCAGGAAAAGGAGAUUCAGCGGCUCAACAAGGCCCUGGAGGAAGCACUGAGUAUCCAGGCCUCCCCAUCAUCUCCAGCAGCAGCAUUCGGGAACCCGGAAGGAGCUGGAGGCCUGCUAAGGAAACAGGAGCUGGUCACGCAGAAUGAAUUGCUGAAACAGCAGGUGAAGAUUUUUGAGGAGGACUUCCAGAGGGAGCGCAGCGACCGGGAGCGCAUGAAUGAGGAGAAGGAAGAGCUGAAGAAGCAGGUGGAGAAACUGCAAGCCCAGGUCACCCUGUCACAUGCCCAGCUAAAAGCCUUCAAAGAUGAGGAAAGGGCGAAAGAUGCCCUGAGACAGCAGAAGAGGAAAGCAAAGACCUCGGCAGACCGCUACCACCUGGAGCCCCACCUGGAGCAUCUCUACGGGGCCUACCCCUACGCCUACCCGCCCGUGCCCCCCGUUGUGCCGCACCGUGGCUUUGAGGACUGGUCCCAGAUCCGCUACCCGCCUCCCCCCACGGCCAUGGAGCACCCACCCCAGCUUCCCAACUCGCGCCUCUUCCACCUGCCAGAAUACACCUGGCGGCUGCCCUGUGGAGGGAUACACAAUCAGAGCUCCCAAGUGAUGGGCUCACCCACGGCCAGGCCUACGGAACCAGGACUUUGAAACCUGCUGUACCACCUCAUCUUCAAAUCCUCAAAAUUUUUGUUUAUUUAGAGCCCACCAAAAAUGACCGUGAGGGACCUCAGUGAGACCAGUCCCUUGGCUCCACCUUCGUCUUGCAGAGCCAGCUGACUUCAGCUUACUGGAAAACUAGAGGCCACGGGCUCUCCGAGCCUCAGCCACUCGGGAGGCGGAGAUGGAUGGCCAGCUUGAGCCCUGGCCCCAACCUGAACUGUUUAGAGACUGGGGAGGCUCCAUCCAGAAGGCGUCCGUCUGGGCCUUUCCUUUGGCGUGACUGGGAAGAACUCACUACUCUGCCACUGGCUGGAGAGAGGUGUCAUCCGGCCUUGACCUACCAUCCUCUGCAGAAACUGCUGGCAGAUGUUAAUCUCAAGUGGGGUGCAGUCAAGGCCCCUUCCUUUCACAACUUCCCCAGAAGUGGUUCAGCAGCCCCUCUGGGGACCACAUUCAGUUCAUGUGUGUGUUUAGUUUUUGCUUCAAGCUCUGCGGUAGCAGGACCUGCCCCAUGCACAUCCCCUCCCGCUCUGAGGAGCUGCGGGAAGAACGGGUUUUCCUCUGGGAGCAGAAGAGACAGGAUGCUCUACUCCUGGGCCCUCCACUUCCGCCCACGGCAGCCUUGCCAGCACCACUGCAGCCUGGGAUGAAGCCCAUGCCAGCCACAUCGGCUGAGGGGCCCCAGCCUGAAGCUGCCAGGCCCUCAGCUGGAGGCCUGUGGUGCUGGAGGCCCGGUUUGGGGUGGCUGUUGAUCCCCGGGCAGCUGUUUGCACGAAUCUUGGACAUAAAUCCAAGUUGAAGAUUAA